AUGUCAAACCCCAGCAAUCAGAAAAAGUACUGGGUGAUAUUCUACCAGGACGCAAAGCAAUGGAUGCACAUCUUCCACAGCUCCCUCAGGAGUGGUAAGUCUUUCCAAGCCCAGGUCGUCGUGCGCUAUGUGGGAGAGAAAAACAAGCUAACCGGCGAGGCAUCUGUGCGAAAGCGUCCCGAGGACAAACACGACUCAGAGGGCCGCGGGGCGCUCAGGAACGAGGCAGAUAACCUCGCUUCGCUGGAGCGGGAUCUAAAAGGUAAGGGUUCGUCGCUGGGUGACGCCCACAUCGCGGAGCUGUUGCGUAAAACCGAUCGUGCCUCCAAGGACGCUCCACAUUCUGUGAUCAACGUCGAGGCCAGCUACUGGAAGCUCUACAACCUCGGCUCCCUGCACGGGGUCUUGCUCAAGCUGCGGAGCCACGAUGCGGCCAGGAGCACCCUGCCUGCCGUGGCCGCCCGCGUUGCUGGGCACAUGCUGAUUGCCAUCAAGUCCAGCCUGGUGACGCCGGAGCGAGGCCUGCUGCACAACGAUAUUGUCAGCGGCAACGUGUUUGUACACUUUCCACCGGGCGGGAACGAGAAGCUCCCCGACUUUUACCUUGGAGACUGGGGAGACAGCAAAACGGAAAACAGGCCACGGUGGAGGGUCGCAGGUGUUCGAGAGAGUCUCAAGAGCCUCGACAGAAUUCUGGGUGAGAUCAAGCAGCUGCAAACGGCCGAAUCGACCGUCUACGAUCAACUAUCUGGUGUUUUGAAUAGCAUCUUUACAGAAGCGCCGAAUUCAGACCAGCUACUCCUUGCGUUCCUUGCCAAGCGGCUGGAAAAGGCCGUCGAAACGGCGGCUCAGCUCGAGAAAACUGCCCUCGAGGCCGUGGCGGGGAGCAUCGACUCCGUGACCGCCAUCCUGAAGAGCUUUGUGAUAGUCCCGGAACCUGCACGCUACAGAACUGUGGAGGAAGCGGAAGCGGUCGUCGAGGCGAAGCAACUCCGCGGCUGUACGCUGCAGCUGGUAGAGAACGGCAAGAUCGAUUUCAGAAAGGGUCAGGUGCCGGGCGGGAGCGAUUCCUCUUCCUCAAGCGACUCGUCGAUAGCGGAUUUGGUUGGAGAUUUGGCCGGGCUUUAA